AUGCAAAUGUAGUUGCGAAUGGUAACGAAGCAACGCAGAAAAUAUCUAAACAACCAACGCGUAGACAUGAGCUCACGUGAUUGACUAUUACGCCGCCAAGAGGACUUCUCUUCCGUAUAUAUAAAAAUCACUUCUCCUUCCACUGUCCACAGAAAACUACAAUCAUCAUCCACUCAAAAAUAUCCACAAACACAAACACACAAACCGGAUCUCCGACAAUCAGUUCCAAACUAUGGCUCAGCAGACAAAGCCAGAAGAACAUUUUGUGCAGGUUCCCGUCAGCAUCGAGCGUGAUCCAACCACACUCAUAAACUCAAACCGAAAACCAAACCACUGGCCGACGAUUCUCCUCUCAACCAUCUUCGCCAUCAUAGGCCAAACCAUAGCCAAACUCCUCGAAAACUUAUUCUACGAACAAAUCAACCGAAGCGAAUACAACAAACGCCGCCAAAACGACGGCGUUUGGAUUCAAGCUCUCCUCCAAACCGUCGGGUUCCCUCUCCUCCUCCUCCCUUUCAUCAUCCUCACCACCAAGAAACACAACAACCCUCCCAUAACUUCCGACCAGUUCCACUACAAAUCCUUGUCAGUAAUCUACAUCUGCAUCGGAAUCCUCAUGUCGGUCCAAGCAAGACUCUCCGCCAUGGGAAAGCUCGAGAUAUCGUUUAUUCUCUUCACUCCCAUCUCCGUAACACAGCUCUUCUUCACUCCCAUCUUCGCGCGCUUCGUCAACAAAAUCAAGUUCAACAGAUGGGUCGUAAUCUCCUUGGUUUUCGCCAUCGGCGCCGGAGCUCUCACCUUCACAUCCCCGUUCGGCGGCGUGUCAUACAACGGGGAGCAUAAGUACGCGAGAGGCAUAUGGGCCGCUCUGUUCGCCGCCAUCUGCUUCUCUCUCCUCCUCUGUAACAUCCAAAACGUCUUCGACAGCUACAUCUUCAAACGCACGGAAUCAACCACUAGAAAGCCAAGCUUCGCGUCCGUUUUCGAAGUCAUAAUCUUCUCCUCCCUCGUCGCUACGCUCAUCUCCACGGUGGGUCUUUUCAUCGCCGGCGAGCAACACGGUUUGGAGAGGGAGAUGAAUGGUUUCCCGAAAGGGAAAGGCGCGUACGUGAUGGUUAUGGUGGGUCAAGCCGUUUCGUGGCAGUUAUACUGGGUCGGGAUCGUGGGGCUUGUCUUCUCCGUCUCGAGCGUGUUGUCGAAUGUGAUCAGCGUCGUUACGUGGCCGAUCGUGUCGUUGCUUGUUGUGGUCUUCUUUAACUUCAGGAACUUCACGGGCGAAGGCGAUGAUGAGUUCGAUACUUUCAAAGGUGUCGCUUUCAUUCCUGCCGCGUUAAGCGUCGCCGCUUAUUUCUUUGGGCUUCACACAGAGAAUCGUGACAGUGUGAAUUGAGUUAUUGUUUUUUUAUCUUUUUUUUUUUGUGGGUAAGUUAAGUAAUCAUAUUUAUUUUUAUUGUUUAUUUGUGUGUAAGUGUUAGUAUGUUGUUAAAGUUGUAUAUUUAUCUAAUUUUAAUUUGUACUAGAUCAUGAUUCGCGCAUCCGUGCGGAUUUUAUUUUCUGAAUAUAUUUUACAUUGUUUAGUUUCAAA